AUGGCUGAUGGAAAUAAAAGUUCUGAUGUGAUUAUAUGUUAUGGGCCAACGAUGAUAUCAACAAACGGGAUUUGGCAGGGUGAUAAUCCUUUGGAUUAUUCUCUACCUCUUUUUAUAUUGCAGUUAACAAUGAUUGUGUUAAUGACUCGGAUUCUUGUUUUCAUUUUAAAACCCUUUCGCCAGCCUCGUGUCAUAUCCGAGAUCGUCGGUGGAAUAAUAUUGGGACCAUCAGUGAUGGGUCAGAGCAAGAAAUUUGCUGAGACAUUUUUUCCUUUGAGAAGUGUUAUGAUUCUUGAGACUAUGGCAAAUAUAGGGCUUUUGUACUUUCUUUUCCUAGUUGGAGUAGAAAUGGAUCUUGAUGUGAUCCGCCGAACGGGUAAAAAAGCCUUAACUAUUGCGAUUGCGGGUAUGAUUUUGCCUUUUCUGAUAGGCAUUUCAUUCUCUUUUUUGUUACUUCAGAAAACACAAAUGAUUAAGCAAGGCACUUUCAUACUAUUUCUUGGGGCAGCGCUCUCGGUCACUGCAUUCCCCGUGUUAGCUAGAAUACUAGCUGAGCUCAAACUACUCAACACGGAGCUUGGAAGAAUUGCCAUGUCUUCGGCUCUUGUUAAUGAUAUGUGCGCAUGGAUUAUGCUAGCAUUUGCCAUGGCAUUGGCAGAGAAUCAGAGCAUGGCAUCUACUUCUUUUUGGGUGAUUCUUUCAGGCAUUGCAUUUGUAAUCUUCUGUAUAUUGGUAGUUCGUCCCAUGGUUGAAUGGAUAACCCAACAAACACCCGAAGGCGAAAAUAUUAGUGAAUUUCAUAUAUGUUUGAUUCUCACAGGUGUAAUGGUAUGUGGCUUUAUCACGGAUUCGAUUGGAACACAUUCUGUUUUUGGAGCAUUUGUUUUUGGAUUAGUGAUUCCCAAUGGGCCUUUAGGUGCUACACUCAUAGAGAAGCUCGAAGACUUUGUGUCCGGGCUUUUGUUGCCUCUUUUCUUUGCAAUUAGUGGCCUUAAGACAGAAAUUUCCGCCAUUAAUGGAGUUGGAACCUGGGCGCUCUUGGUUUUCGUCAUUGUUUUGGCAUGUGCUGGAAAAAUAGCUGGAACUCUUAUUGUUGCAUUAUAUUAUAAUAUGCCAUUUCAUGACGGGGUCACUCUUGGUUUGCUCAUGAACUCCAAAGGACUUGUUGAAAUGAUUGUUCUAAAUGUUGGUAAGGAUCAAAAGGUUCUUGAUGAAAAAUCAUUUGCAAUAAUGGUGCUUGUAACACUAGCUAUGACAAGUAUUAUCACCCCAACUAUUACAUCAAUUCACAAGCCUUCAAGGAAGUAUGGAUCAUACAAACGAAGAACUAUACAACGGACGAAACUGGAUAGUGAAUUUAGAAUAUUAGUAUGCCUUCAUUCUCCAAAAAAUGUUCCAACAAUCAUCAAUCUUCUUGAAACCUCCAAUCCAACAAAACGAUCCCCGAUUUGUGCCUAUGUUCUCCUCCUCGUGGAACUCACUGGUCGAUCCUCUGCCAUGCUAAUUGUCCAUAGCACCAGGAAAAGUGGUAGUCAGCCUCUUAAUCGCACGCAAGCUCAGAGCGAUCAUAUAAUCAACGCUUUUGAAAAUUUUGAACACCACGUCCAAUGUGUGACUGUUCAGCCACUUACAGCAAUUUCACCAUACUCAACUAUGCAUGAAGAUAUAUGCACCGUCGCUGAAGACAAGCGUGUGGCUUUCGUCAUCAUUCCAUUUCAUAAACAACAGACAGUUGAUGGAGCAAUGGAAGUUAUGAAUCCAUCUUUUCGGAUGAUUAAUCAAAAUUUAUUAGCCAAUGCUCCAUGUUCAGUCGGGAUUUUGGUAGAUCGAGGGUUCACUUCUUCAACCAAGUUAUCACCACUUCAAAUUUCUCACCAUAUUGCUAUGCUUUUCUUCGGUGGACCAGAUGAUCGAGAAGGUUUAGCAUAUGCAUGGAAAAUGUCGGAUCAUCCAGGCACUAACAUCACUGUAAUGCGAUUUAUUCCUGGAGAUGACAGUAGCGAAACCAAUUCGGAGUCAUGUUUUGAUCAAGAUGACCCUAGAGUUCUAACCGUUUUGACAGAUCAUGAUAAGGAGAAACAAUUAGAUGAUGAUCAUAUAAAUGCAUUUCGAGCAAAGUGUGCCAAUGAUGAUUCCAUAACAUAUAUCGAAAAAAUAGUUAAUAAUGGGGAAGAAACAGUGGCAGCAAUUAGAUCAAUAGAUACGCCUCAUGACCUUUUUAUAGUUGGGAGAGGGCAAGGAGUAGUAUCUCCCUUGACAGCUGGUUUGACUGACUGGAGUGAGUGUCCGGAUCUCGGAGCGAUUGGAGAUUUGUUGGCUUCAUCUGAUUUUGCAGCCAAAUAUUCAGUUUUGGUUAUACAACAAUAUGUAGGCCUGGAGUCCAAUGGAGAUGUGGUCACUGGAAUGCCGGAUAGUCCUAACGGAUGUAACGAAUUUGGUAAUUAUAUGAUCCGGUCGAUGAAGCCAAGUAGACAUGCUACAAUGUCAAAUACACCUUGA